CAGGAUGUGCCACUGCACCACUGAGGGAGUCCUGCUGCCUUCAGCUUGGGAACGCUCCCUUUGUGAGCAGAUACAUGGGAGCUGAACUUUGAAAUAUCCACAAGCCUCCCACCUUUCCCCUUAAAGGACACAGAGCUGAAAUGUUAUUACUUCUCUGGUACUGUAAGCUAAACAACAACAAAGCCAUUAACAUUUCCAACAGCAGGGAGUGUGUUUGUAUUUCCAUUCCCCUCAUGGGAUAAGGGCUGAGCUGCCCUGUCUCUAAACCUUGCCAUGUUUUCCCCUUAAAGGCCAGGAUCUGAAGUGGAAAUAUUCAAUCCGGAAAGAACAUCUUGGAGACGAUUAGCAAUUCAAAACAUCAGCCUUGUGAUGGAGGGACCUCUUGCCCUACGUGCUGUAUUUGCUGCUCUUUUAUGUAGAGAGAACUGCAAAUCCAACUCCCACGUGGGAUUCGGGCUUCCAGACGAGUCCCCAUCCUGGGGCUGCCCACAGAGAUAUGGGGCAGCUGCAGUGCAAACCGUGGUGGGGAUUCCCAGGUUCUGGGGGCAGCUUGGGGCUGGGUUUCAGUCAGGAAGGUUUUAAACAGUGCCCCAGGCUGGAGGAGCUCCAUGCUGUCCUCUUGUGCUUCUGCAAGGGCUGAGGCUCCGUUCUUACAUCCCAAUCCUGCUCCAGCUCCCAGAAUGUGCUCUCUGCCUUCCCUCCCAGUGUCUGCAUGUGCUUUCAGCCAGGCUGCGUUCAUCACCUUUCAUUCUGUCGCUAACCAUGACACCUGGCUGCAGCACAGUGAGGUGGGACACAGCUCCUGUUGGUGAGCAGCCACAGCCAGCAAUGGCCAUGCAGCCCAGGAACAUCCCCAAGGCACCUGGUCUGUGUGCUGCAGGGCCUGAACACAGUGCUGGGCUGCAGCACUAUGGUACAGAGGCGGAGCAGAGCAGGAAUAUUUCUCCUUCUGCAGGAGCUGGGAUUUGGCAAGGGCUCACACGCUGGUUUGCUCGCAGCCUUGCCUUGCCGUCUGCUUGUCUCUCCCCUUGAAUGUGUGGCUCUGUGCUGGCUGCUGUACAGUUGGGUUAUUUCCAGAUUCUCUUGGGUUCUCCACGUAAGGAUGUCAGCAGCUGCCUGGGACGGGCUCCUGUUCCCUCGUGCUGUGGCUCUGUGUCUGAUGGGACCAUGCCUUGGUCCAGGGAGGUGAGGAGCCCCACAGCCAGGAGAUGCAGAGCAGAGAGCUGCCAGCCUCACAUCCAGAGGGCUGAGCAGCACCAACCCCAGCCAUGGAGAUUUAUCCUUGAGCAAAAAGCAGUUCCGUGCUGGUGGAAACCUGAGGCUGCAGGCUGGUGGCUGCUGGGAGAUGUCGCAGAACCUCAUUACCCAAAGCCAUGAAUUUCUCACUCAGAGCUCAGCAGGAUUCCAUGGAGCAAUUUGAGGCAAAGUCUCUUUUUGUGCCCUGAGAAUCACAUCCAAGAGAUGAAAUUCUCAUCCAUAAGGUGUAAAGGAGGGUGAGGGCCAGCACAGCCCCAGACAGCGCUGUCUCCUGUCCACGGGUGAGUUUACCCAGUGAGGCCCCGAAGGCAUUUGGAGCUGUGUUGUGUCUGCGCUGGGGAAGGCAGCAGGGCAAGGUGCUGCCGUGUGCAUUCUGCGAUGCUCAUUUGUGCAAGUGGCAGGAAGGGAAGAGGAUGGACUCUGCAUUAUCUGUGCGUUGGAGAGCUCAGCGCGGGCUGCUCUGCUGGAGAUGGGGAGAAUUGUGGCAGCAGAAAUUGCGAAGGGAUUAUAAAAAACAUCAGAGGAUAAGCUGUUCUCUUAAUGUAUGUAGCGGAGGGGGAAGGCAGGGGAAGCACACAGGGCUGGGGAGAAGGAGCAGCAGCCCUGAGCCCUGCGCUGAGCUCCAGCACCUCUCACACUGCUUCUUUCUGGGCUUUAUCUUCUCAUCCACUCUGCAUAAAGAGGAAGCAGUGUCGACAAUGGGGCGAACUGCUGUCCUGGCUCAGUCAGACCCCAGGCAAUAAAAACAAACCGGCAGCAGCCGGAGGGUUUGUUUGGGUAUGCACAGCGGUUGUGGGGCUGCUGUUGGAUCGCUUUAUGGUCGCACAGGCUUUAAAAAUUGAAUAAAACUGUGACUUUUAUGGCUCCUAAUAAAAAACGCAUAAAAAGGGAACCGGUUUGGUGAGAAGAGGGAGUGAGGUGCUGGGAAAUUUCCUUUCUGGGUUUAACAGCAAAGAUAUAACGUGUUUGAAGGUAUCGUCUGUCCUGGGUGCAGUGGGAGCUCUCCCUGCUCUGCUUUUAAUGCAGGCAUCUCCUGUGCUUUGGGAAACCCGGUGCUUUUUUUAAACGUAGCGUCGCGUGUGGGCCAAUAUGAUGGCAAAUUACAUAAUGAGGUGCAAAGAAGUGGGGAAAAAAAAGAGUUAGAUGUUGAGUCAGGAAAAAACAAAAAAAAAGAUUGUGAUGGGAGAGAGAAGCUGACCCGCCUGCAGGUGCUCAGCCCCCAGGUGGGCUCAGCGUGAGGAGGGGCUGCCUGCUGUACUCUGUUCCAGGUGCCCGGGGUCCUCUCCGUCCCCAUGAGCGGCGGUGCCCAUGCAGCCCCUGGUGAUGCAGGAAUGGCCCUUCGUCGUCCCGCGGUGUCCUGAGUGGCGCGUGGCUGAGCUGGCACGGCGUGGAUCUGCUGCCCACCCGCUGUCCCAGGUUAAAGGCUCUCAGGAUGGCACAGGACCUUCGUGUGUAACCCCCUGGGUUCCUGACAGUGCUGCUGGGCCCCAGGCCCCUCUGGAGAUGAAUCUUUGUUGGAACGAGAUCAAAAAGAAAUCUCACAGCCUUCGGGCUCGUCUGGAGGCGUUCUCCGACCACAGUGGGAAGCUGCAGGUGCCCCUCCAGGAGAUCAUCGACUGGCUGGGCCAGAAGGAUGAGGAGCUGUCGGCGCAGCUGCCCCUGCGUGGCGAUGUGCUCCUGGUGCAGCAGGAGAAGGAGACGCACGCGGCUUUCAUGGAAGAGGUGAAGUCCCGGGGGCCAUACAUUUACUCUGUCUUAGAGUCAGCGCAGGCUUUCCUCUCUCAGCAUCCAUUUGAGGAACUGGAAGAGCCAAAUUCAGAAAGCAAAGAUGUCUCUCCCCGGCACCGCAUCCAGAACAUCAGCCGCUUUGUCUGGAAGCAGGCGAACGUGGCCAGCGAGCUGUGGGAGAAGCUGACAGCCCGCUGCGUGGACCAGCACCGGCACAUCGAGCGGACAUUGGAGCAGCUGCUGGAGAUCAAAGGGGCCAUGGAGGAGCUCAGCACGGCGCUGGAUCAGGCCGAGAGCGUGCGCGAAACCUGGGAACCCAUCGGGGACCUCUUCAUCGAUUCCUUGCCAGAGCACAUCCAGUCGACCAAGCUCUUCAAAGAGGAGCUCUCUCCCAUGAAGGACGGGGUGAAGGUGGUCAAUGACCUUGCACACCAGCUCGCCAUCUCCGAUGUCCACCUGUCCAUGGAGAACUCUCGCACCCUGGAGCAGAUCAACACGCGCUGGAAGCAGCUGCAGGCCUCCAUCAAUGAACGCCUGAAGCAGCUCCAAGAUGCCCACCGGGACUUCGGGCCGGGCUCCCAGCACUUCCUCUCCUCCUCUGUUCAGGUUCCCUGGGAGCGAGCCAUUUCCCCCAACAAAGUGCCAUACUACAUCAACCACCAGGCACAGACCACGUGCUGGGACCACCCAAAGAUGACAGAGCUGUACCAGACGCUGGCGGAUUUGAACAACAUCAAGUUCUCAGCCUAUCGGACAGCUAUGAAGCUGCGGCGGGUGCAGAAAGCCCUGCGAUUGGACAUGGUGACCUUGGCCACGGCCCUGGAAAUCUUCAAUGAGCACGACCUGCAGCCCAGCGACCGUGCGAUGGACGUGGUGGAGGUCAUCCACUGCCUGACCUCCCUCUACGAGAGGCUGGAGGAGGAGCGGGGCAUCCUGGUGAACGUGCCGCUCUGCGUGGAUAUGAGCCUCAACUGGCUGCUCAACGUCUUCGACAGUGGCCGCAGUGGGAAGAUGAGGGCCCUCUCCUUCAAGACGGGCAUUGCAUGUCUGUGUGGGACAGAGGUCAAGGAGAAGUUUCAGUACCUCUUCAGCCAAGUGGCAAAUGCAGGCGGGCUGUGUGACCAGAGGCACCUGGGUGUGCUGCUGCACGAGGCCAUCCAGGUGCCACGGCAGCUGGGUGAGGUGGCAGCGUUUGGGGGCAGCAACGUGGAGCCCAGCAUCCGCAGCUGCUUCCGAUUCAGCCAUGGGAAACCUGCCAUCGAGGCAGCCCAGUUUCUGGAGUGGGCCAACCUGGAGCCUCAGUCCAUGGUGUGGUUGGCCGUGCUGCACCGCGUCACCAUGGCCGAGCAGGUGAAGCACCAGACCAAGUGCUCUGUCUGCCGGCAGUGCCCCAUCAAGGGCUUCAGGUACCGCAGCCUGAAGCAGUUCAACGUGGAUAUUUGCCAGACCUGCUUCCUCACUGGGCGAGCCAGCAAGGGCAACAAGUUGCACUACCCCAUCAUGGAGUACUACACCCCGACCACCUCCAGUGAGAACAUGAGGGACUUUGCCACCACGCUGAAGAACAAGUUUCGGUCCAAGCAGUAUUUCAGCAAGCACCCACAGAGGGGGUACCUGCCUGUCCAGUCCGUGCUGGAGGCUGACUUCUCUGAAACACCAGCCUCCUCCCCGAUGUUGCCUCACGCUGACACGCACUCUCGGAUUGAGCACUUUGCCAGCAGGCUUGCAGAGAUGGAAAACCAGAACUGUUCCUUCUUCAGUGACAGCCUGUCCCCUGAUGAUAGCUUGGAUGAGGACCAAUACUUGCUGCGUCACUCCAGCCCCAUCACGGACCGGGAGCCUGCAGGCAGCCAGCAGGUCCCAGGCAGCCUGCCCAUGGAUGACAAGGGGGAGCUGGAGCGCAUCCUGGCCCACCUGGAGGAUGAAAACAGGAUCCUCCAGGGAGAGCUGAGGCGUUUGAAGUGGCAGCACGACGAGGCAGUGGAAUCCCCGACCUUGGCUACGAGCUCCCCCGAAUCGGUGCAGGACCCACGCAACGAGGAGCUCCUGGCAGAGGCACGGAUCCUCCGGCAGCACAAGAGCCGCCUGGAGACCCGCAUGCAGAUCCUAGAGGACCACAACAAGCAGCUGGAGUCCCAGCUGCACCGGCUGAGGGAGCUGCUGCUGCAGCCUCCAGCAGAGUCAAAUGGCAAUGGUUCAGCAGCAUCUUCCUUGGCUUCAUCUCCACAUCAGUCUGAAGGCAGCCAGGCGAAGGAUAAGGAGCACGACACCCCCGACACCGAAGCAGCAGCAGAUGAGGUGGAAGCCAAAACACAAGAAGUCAGCGUGUGCCUGGAGGACAUCAUGGAGAAGCUGCGCAGCGCCUUCCCCAACUCUCGAGGUACUCGGGUGAAAUCCCCCUCGCUGGCAUCCUACUGCUCCAUCAGAUGAGGUUUUUUCCCUGCGGAGCCCUGCCCCGAUCCCACCCUCCCCCCGUCGACGAUCUCCCACUGCCACAAGCACAGAGAGGAUGAGGAGGAGCCCUCCCACCUGCGAGGACAGCACUCAGAGCCACACGUUGGGCACAGGUGUUGGCUCCUUUCUGCCCUAUGGGCUCUGUGCUGCAGAUGGACAGAGUGACGGCAGCGAGGCUGCGGUGACCACCUUCAGGAAAGGAACAGCAGCAGUAUGAGCUCCCCUGACUACUCAAGGAUAGCUCUUCUAGCAGGGAUGGUUUGGGAUUGGGAUGGGGCUGCUCUGUGACCACCCUCUGAAAUGCCCAUGCGUACAGCAUUGAGAUGCUGCUUGGUGCCAGCACUAACCCGCUGCAGGGCAGUGCUGCCCUGUGCCACCCCUGAGCACCCCCACCUUCUAACCCCUCCUCCCCUCCCAUCUCUCUUGCAGGUAUGACCUCCCUUAUCUAACACCUCCAGAGGCUUUGCCUAACCACUGCCCAGCUGCUUCGCCCCCUCUUCUCCCCAUGCUCACAAGCUGCAGGAGAUCUCAGGGGAACAUCGGGGCUGUGGGGUCACAGCACUGCUCACAGAGAGGCUCAGAAGGAAGAGCUGCACGGCACACAGAGCUCAGCACCCUGCUCCUCUCUGGUUCUGCCCAGGGCCCUUUAGGGUGAUGGGCACCAUGACACUCCUGCAGCCACCGAGCAGCCUCCCAGGGCUGAGCCAACUCUGUAACAGCAGCCGACUGCCAGCCUUAUGGAUGGAACUCUGAGAGGUGCUGGGUCUGUGGGGUAGGGACAAGCCCACACCAGAGCUUCAGCCCAACUAGUAGCCUUAUCUCGGGAGGAUCUUUAUAACAGAGCCUUAUCAUUUAAUUUGCAUAUAUUUCUAUAUAUUAUAUAUAUAUUCUGUACUUAAAUACUCUCACGGACUCAUGCCAUUAAACCCUAACACUGAGUGUAGUUGCACUUCGCUCUUGGUCCAGCCCAACUCCUGCUCCUGCAGAGAUCCUUCCCCCUCUCAGCGGGAUGAUAUGGGGGCAACUGGAGGGCCAGGCUGGCGGCAGGGCCCUGUCCCACCUGCUGUCCUGGGGAGCAUCCUGGGGGCUGCCAGGAUGUUGGGCUGUGAUGUAGGAUCAGGGGCUGCGUUAUGUCGAGAAAGCUGCAGAGUCAGGUGCUGUGGGUGCCCCGCAGUGGGAGAGAGUUGGGAUGGAUAGAAAGAAGGAGCCUUUGGGCACACCAGGGCGCUGGGAAGGCUGUGUGUUUGUGCAUCUCUGCAUGCUGCAGGGGCUUUGGCUGUGCUGGAUGUGCUGUGUUUGAGAAGGGCUGUUGGACCAAGGCGGCAUGCUGGGGAGCAGGGAGCUGCAUCCUGUGGGGUUGGAACUUUGGCAAAGGCGUGAAGCAAUGGAGGAGAUGUGGGCCUGGUGGGUGACACACGGUGCAAGCAUCCCAAUGGUCUGUGGGUCACUGUCCUGGGGAGAGGGUGGAGGUGUUGGGUUGGCUGUAGCACAUGGUGAGAGCUGCUUGCAGUGCCCCAGGGAGGGAUGCUGACAUGGCAACAGAUAUGGCAUCAUUGGAGUAUGGCUACUGCACAAGAUCAGGGUGUCCCCAUAAAAAGAGAAAGGCAGAAUUAUGGCAAACUGGUGCAGAUCCUCACUGUAGGGAGCUGUGUGCCUGCCCCGUGGGCUGUGGGUGCAGGUUUUGGGCUAUGCUGAGGGCAGCAGGGAGGGAUGUGGGCGGGCUGAUGCUCUGAUAACCACGUACUGCUGUCCUGGCUGCUGCUCUCCACCUCUGCCGUGGAAAGAGAAUAAAUUUGUAUUUAU